CAACUAUGGCUGUCACGGAACCGACAACGACACGACCGCACUUAGCACACAGCCAUGCUCGAGAAGAGGAUGUACCGGGAACAGUUAAUCUCCGAGCACGAGAGGGCGACGACACGGGCUACGGCCAGGCACUCUUCCCUGUUCCAGCUGAAGACCCCAACGAUCCACUACAAUGGGGAAAUCUCAAGAAAACUAUGAUCCUGGUGGUCUGCGCACUAUAUUCCUUCUUUGGCAACUCUUCGCUCCUCGGGCCAUCGGUGUAUAUCUCCAUCUUUGCAGAGGAAUUUGGCAUAUCGGCCAACACAGCGUCUGGCCUCAUAAGCUAUGCCAACCUGGCCUUUGGUUUUGGGUCCCUCUUACUUGUACCUCUGUACCACAAAUUUGGCAGACGGCCGGUCAUGCUGUUUUCUUUGCUCUGCUAUUGUGCAGGGCUGAUAGGGGCUUCACAAGCCAAUUCCUAUGGAGGUCUUAUGGCGGCUCGGAUUAUCCACGCCUUCGGAUCGGGAGUUUGUGAGGCUUUGCCAGUUCAGCUGGUCAACGAUAUCUUCUUUCUACACGAAAGAGGCCAACGUAUAGGAUACUAUACCGUUGCCUUAUGCUUUGGCUCUACAGGUCCGAUGUUCGCCGGCUAUAUGCUGAACGGUGGAUACUCUUGGAGGCUCUUCUUCUAUGUCGAAUUUGCCUUCGCCUGUGCUCUCUUUAUUCUGGCCUUCUUCAUCGUCGAGGAGACUACCUACCACCGCAAGCUUCCCGUUGAUGUUGUAGACACUCCCGACACGACGGACAAGCCUGCCGUUGCACAUGUGGACACAGAGUUGAACUUGCCGAAACGGAAGACGUUUACUCAACAGCUCAAGUUCUGGGGUGUGUAUGAGCGAGACUCGGACUUCUUCCUGAUGAUGGCGCGAUCGUUUACUUACUUCUUGGUGCCCCACGUGUUCUGGGUCGUCGCAACUUAUGGAAUCUACAUUGGUCUCGGAGCUCUCACCUUCAAUUAUAUCACACCGCUGAAAGUGACCGCUCCUCCCUACAACUGGUCCGAACUGAACAGUGGUCUCAUAUCUGUUGCUACCUUCAUUGGUUACGGUGCAGCCAUCCCCUUCACCACAUCGUCGGACCGUCUGGCCGCGCACCUGACCAAGAAGAACAACAUGAUCCGUGAGGCCGAGAUGCGGUUGGGCGUCUGCCUGCCAGCGAUGCUCAUAGCUCCCGCAGGACUGAUCGUCUUCGGGUUCACGGCCCAGAAAGAUCUCCACUGGGUAGGGUACUUUGCCGGUGUCAUCAUGACGCAGUUCAGUUCGUACUUCUACUUUACGUUCGUCCUCAGCUAUGCGUUGGACAGCUACACUGCAAACACCAGCGAGAUGCUCAUCGCCAUGAACCUAGGGAAGCAGGCCAUCAGCUUUGGCAUGGGGAUUGAUAUUCUCGAGUGGGUCGAGGAAAACGGUUAUGCCGUGAUGAUCGCGGGCGUCUUCUGCGGUGUUCUGUUGGUAAAUAAUCUUGCCCUAAUCCCCUUCAUGCUCUACGGGAAAGGGAUCAGAGAAUUCAUGGCAAAGACCUGGCUGGCGAGGAUUCAUAAGGACAGUGUGAGGGAGGUCAUGACGGUUUGACAGCGGUAGGAGAUAUUGUGGUAGGGUUUGGCAGAUGUUGCUCGAGCUUUGCUUGCAAUAAGUCAAAGGGGGGGGUUUUGGGCCGGGGUAGUUUUGGGCCACCCUGGCCACCCUCACCGCCUCUUCAACCCCCUUUAGUUUGAUAGCUAUUACUCAACCAAUUUUGAUCC